AGUUAUCAGUGUCUGCGUUUCCAGAUAACAAGCUUCGCAAAAUGAGCAAAUGAGUAAAUGCGGUGACAUACCACCUCCGCUAAUCAGUGCGAUACCUUAGUUUGGGCCGGACAGCACGGUAAACGCCUACGGCAUCCAGUUCUAUACGCCAAUUUGUCGCUCGACAGCUGCAAGGGUCCGCCCUAUCUUACAAGCUUGGAUUACGGGUGUUAAAAGCAUGGAUGUGGAUAGGGCUAUGUACGCCUACAUCUCCGAGCCAGUGGAGUUUAGGCAGCUGGAGGGACAGCCCAUCGACUUUCGCAAGACGUUCGAUGUGCGAGGUCUCGGCACCGAUGAGAUGCUACAGUUGUAUAUGCGCAAGGCCCACCUCUCCGACGAAGUUGAGCACAUGCCGGCAAUGCAGCGACGCGCCUAUGUCUAUGACAUAAUUAGAAGCCAUAAGGGGCCUGGCUACUGGGUGCCGCCCUGCAUGCAGGUGAGCAGCAACGUCUUCGCCCAGCCGCCGCCAGCAGUUCUACCACCGCCUUUAAUCAAAGCAUCGCCGGGCAGCGAACGCCGAUUCAUUGGAGACGGUGUCAGCCUCAGUAUGAGCAAGUCAUCCUCGUCGAAUAGCCUGGGCAGCUUAAGUGGCGGCCCAGCCGCCGUGCCUGGGCCCAGCUUUGCCACCAGCGUCGUGGUCAGCAACAAGGGCUCCAAGUAUGAGAUAAGCGGGCCCGUCGACUUCCACCAUGUAUCUGGAGACACUACACGCGAUCGCACGCGCAAUGCCUUCGAUUUGAACGCGGGGGCCAAUGACAACGUGCUUAAGAAGUACAUGAUGGAGCGAGGCAUUACCGAGGAGGAUGUUGCCGGCAUCCGAAGACAAGAUCUGAUUAAAAAUAUUGUCCACUCCAAUUUCACCUGGAUGCCCAAGAAGCAACAAAUGCAUGGACAGGAGACAAAAAUGCCAAAGCUUGUUUAUGCCACCAUAUCCACAGAUAAUGAGAUCGCGCCACGUCCAGCUCCACCACCAGCGCCACCUGCACCAGCAGCUGCAGCAGGUACCGUUAGGCAGCCUCCUGCGUCCUCUGCCUAUUCCAACUACACCUCGCUUACAUCUCGUUUUGUGGACAUAUCUGAUAUGGACUUGGCUCCAGCACAGCCGUACAACAGGCAGCAGGAAGUAGGUACAGUAGUGCCUGUUCAGUUGCAGCCAGCGCAGCCAAACAGACCCAAAAUACCACCUCCGCCCUCAGCAGUGACUGCGGACAAUACGCUCGCCUAUCCAGCAGCUGUAGAGGUGCGUCCCACUCGACCAAAACCGCCGACCGAAACUUAUGCUACGAUUGCGCCUCAAACUCAGCGCAAAGUGGGUACAAUGCGAGUGGCUCCCCCGGCACCGCCAAAACCAACGAUUGUGCCCAGUGGAAACAGAACCCCAGUGGAAUUUUCACCGGUUAAGCAGCCACCUCCAGCGCUUGUUAAGCCAACACCUGUCCAUAACAAUGGCAACCGAACCCCAGUGGAGGUCUCGCCGCUUAAGCAGCCACCUCCAACGCCUAUUAAAGCCACACCUGUGCAGCCCAGUUGGAACAGAGCCCCAAUGGAGUAUCCAUCUGCUAAACAGCCAACUCCACCGCCUUUAAAGGAAACGCCUGUGCAAUCACGAAUGCCUCCUGCACAGGUGUCUCAAAAACCAAAGAAUUCCACACAUAUUAGUAAUAAUGCGAACGUUCCGCCACCUCCGCCACCACCACCACCAGCAUCGGGUGCACCGCCACCACCGCCUCCUCCACCUGCAUCAGGUACGGGUGCACCAAUGCCACCACCACCGCCACCAACGUUUGGAGUUGCCCAGCCGUUGACAAUUAAGAAGUCUGAACAACCAAAGGUGGCUGCAGCCCCGGCUGAUGAUCGUGAUGCUUUCUUGGAAAGCAUACGUCAAGGCGUAACACUAAAGAAAGUCAAUCAGAAAGCAGCGACGAUAAGUGGCGUAAAACCCCGUGCUGAAAAGAAGCCAGCAACAACGGAUUUCUUGAGCGAGUUAAAAUUGGGCAUUACACUGCGACGUGUGAAAAAUCCUGCAGAUAAUCCCUAUUCAGCGGUGAAUUCGGAGGAAUCGCAUGCGUAAGAAUUGCGCGCGUAACUUUUUAAAUUAAUGGGGCAACGCUUGACUCGGUGGCCAAGCUGACCACCUUAUUAGAAUUAAGUCAUGUCUUUAAAUAGCCUGGUCACCCUAAGAACGUAAUUUUGAAGUUACUUUUUUAAAUUAUAAAUUGUUAUAAUAUACGUUAUCUACCUUAUGUUAUUAUCUAUCUACGAUGCAUUAUCAAUAUUUUCGCUUAUUACGCAUUUUAUAUUAUGCCAAACAUUCAACAAUGCAUAUCGGACACUUAGAUAACCCUGUUCAAUUUGAAAUGUCUUCAUGACAAUUUACAUUUUGUAGUGAACUUCUGUAAAUAAAAGUAUUUGUGGAGGGGAGUUGAUAACAUAUCUUGCUGAUUACUUUUUUAAAGCCGGCGCUUACGAACACUGCACACAAAUAUGCGUCCAACUGUAUGUGUGAGACAUAAUCAGCUGGACUACUCAGCUCGAUAAGUCUGGAAGUUGCCAUUGUGAUACUGCAAUUUUUAGAUUCGACAACUGAAAAGUGUUCGCUGUAGGGCAUC